UAUUCAUCACACCAUCGCUGUUCAGAGUCUGACGUAUCGACUGGUCCUGGCGAAGCUUCUGGUUCUCUCGGUCAACCAGACUGCUCCGAAGGCCCACUUGAGGACACUCUAGCAAAUAUUGCAGGUCAAACAGCUAUGCGUAAAAGACUAGCCCCUGUGUCCUCGACCUCUCAAGAUGUGCUGGAUGAUACUUAUCCCGGCCAGGACUUGAAGAAGAUUCGGCAUUGA